AUGGCCUCGCCCAUAGCUUUCCUCGUGUGCACCUAUGGUCUUCUACCACUGCUUGCAGCAAGUCAAGGACUUUCCUGUAAAUUUCCUUUCAUUUUUGAGGGGAAAUGGUACUUUUCAUGUACCACAGAUGGCACUAUGGAUGGGCAGUUGUGGUGUGCCACAACCAGCAACUAUGACAAGGAUGGCCUAUGGAGGAAGUGUGAAGUUCAUGAUUAUGGUGGUAAUUCUCAUGGAAAACAAUGUGUGUUUCCGUUUUCGUAUCUGUACGGGACAUACUACACCUGCACCAACUAUCGUGAGAAUGAUGGAAGAUACUGGUGUGCCACAACUGGAAGUUACGAUAAGGACAGGUUGUGGACCUACUGCGCUGACACCAGGCUAAAUGAAAACCCUACAGGACCAUGCAUUUUUCCUUUCGUGUUCAAAGGCAAGAAAUACUCAUCUUGUAUAGCAGACGGGAUGAACAAUGGGAAGCUCUGGUGCUCUCUCACCAAGAACUACGAUUCAGAUCCCAAAUGGGCAUAUUGCGAUCCCUCAGAUCCUCGCCCCUGUGAAUUCCCCUUCAAUUACAGACAUAGAUACUACUAUUCAUGCACCACGGAUGAAACUUCUGAUGAGCAAUUGUGGUGUGCCACAACCUCAGACUAUGACAAGGACACAAAAUGGAAAGUGUGUGCCAGUCAAGAAUACGGUGGGAAUUCAGAGGGCAAGGCCUGUGCCUUCCCCUUCAUCUACAAGAACGAGACCUAUGAUAACUGCACUAAUGAGGAUGAACCAAAUGGGAACUUCUGGUGUGCCACUACAAAAAACUAUGAUGAAGACAUGAGAUGGAGCUUCUGUGCUGACACACGGAGGAGCAUUCAGGAAAAAUUCGCAGAUCUGAAUAUGCCAUGUAGCCUGCCUUUCAUCUACAAUGGCAAUUCUUACUUGCAAUGUACAGCAAAUGGAACAGAUGGCAACAAGCUCUGGUGCUCUCUUACCCACAACUAUGACGUGAACAAAAUGUGGAGAUAUUGUGAACCUUCAGAUAGGAAAAUCAAAUGCACAUGCAGGCAAAGCUUGCUGGUGGUUCCAGGAAUAUUUGGAGCCCUGCAUGGAUUUACAAGAAGAAUAGCAAGAACAACAAAAGCUGUAAUAAAGACUGUGGAGGCAUACACUCACCAGCAAAAUUUCCAGUGUACCAAACCUGAUCGACCAACAUUCUGA